CCACUAGAUUUAAAAUCACAAUUUGGCUCAACUAAAAUGUUUCUUUAACUUAAAAUUUUUGAAAAUAAAAUGCACGUGGGAUCUGGCACCCCGGACGUGGAAAAACCAAACUCGGCUAAAUAAGUCCAGACGCUUCACAAUAAUAUCUUUUACACCCAGUUUCAAGCCUCGCGUGUUGCGUGUUCACAAUUGUUUGCAGAGGGCCUCGGCGUGCGGCACACACAGGCUGUGUUGAUGUGUCUGGGGCUCGGGCUAGCGUACAUGAUGCGAGUCAACAUCAGCAUCGCCAUUGUGGCCAUGGUCGACGCCGCCUACGGCGAUGACGUUUUCAAGUGGAAUGUAAAAAUCCAGAGCGUGAUCCUGUCAUCAUUCUCUUGGGGCUACUUCAUUCUGCAAAUUCCAGCUGGAGAGAUGGCUAGUCGGUUUGGCGCUAAGAUUCUUGUCUGCGUAUCCAUUGGCUUGAACGCUUUUCUCACCCUCCUAACACCUCUGUUUGCUAUUUAUGGAGGGUGGCAGGUGGUUUGCGCAUGUCGAUUUCUCCAGGGAUUAUCUCAAGGAUUUCUCUUCCCAUGCACACAUACGUUAAUUGGAAACUGGGUUCCUUUUGAAGAGAGAAGUCGAUUGGGCACACUCAUAUAUGCAGGAACUCAGAUAGGAGCAACAGUUACAUAUAUAAUAUCGGGAUAUAUAGCAGCCUAUAUAAACUGGCAAUCAAUAUUCUACAUUUGCGGCGCACUCGGAGCUACCUGGGUAGGGAUAUACGUUGCCAUCGGAUCUAGUUCGCCACGAGUGUCUAAAUACAUAAAUGCUAAAGAACGUGACUACAUCUUGUUUUCCUUGGGGCGGACCACUGAAACUGAGUACAUAAAAACGCCUUGGAAAACAAUACUCACAUCUAUUCCAUUCUUGAUUCUGAUCGCCAGCCAUUUUGGCCAUACGUGGGGCCAUUGGACAUUGAUAACCCUGAUACCUUCUUACUUCGCCAUGGUCUCUAAGGUUGACAUAAAGCAGAAUGGUCUACUGUCAGCCCUACCUUAUUUAGCUAUAUUCGUGACGUCUUUCCCAAUGGGGUGGCUUGCAGACAUGUGCACGGAGAAAAAUUGGACGAGCAUUACUGUUACCAGAAAAAUCUUCAAUACCAUAGGGUAUUGGGGGCCAGCGAUCAUGUUGAUUGGACUGUCUUAUUCUCCGGCGGGCGACGUUACCGUUGCUGUGUUGUUUCUCUGUCUUGCAAUGGCACUUAAUGCUGGUAGUUAUGCCGGCUACAUGCUGGUGCACAUAGACAUGGCUCCAAACUUCGCAGGACAAAUGAUGGGCAUUACCAAUUCCGUCGCCAACUUUUUGGCUAUAUUCGCGCCACUCGCCGCCGGCCAACUCUUAAUAGACGAAACGAGCCAGAGUGAUUGGCGUAAGGUGUUCUACAUGUCUGUGGGCAUUUACUUCUUUACGAAUCUGCUGUUCAUUAUAUUCGGCGACUGCCGGCGGCAGAGCUGGAACGAGGGCACCGACCACGAAGCUAUAUACAACGCCUCGAGGUUGUCGCAGGUCGUCGGGUUGAACAAUUGAAAAUUUAAUUAACAUCGUGAAGACAUUUAAUUUAAGUCUAUCGUGAAGACGUGGUUGAGUGAAAUGUACAUAAAAUUAAUUGAUCGUAUGUUUUAGAAAUAAACAAUCUUUUCACGUAAUUUAUCUG